CAUCUCCAAUCAGCCAUGGGAGUCGCCUACAGCGUCGGAGAGGUUGACCACCUCUACACCUUCUUCGUACAGUGGUCGCCAGAAAUCUACACUAAGGGCAACAAGAAGCACUGCCAUGAGCAUCUCAACCGCUACCUGGUGGUGGACAAGGUGGCUGUGAUCAACCAGCUCCUCGGUAACCCUGUCAACCCCUCUGAUAAAAACUGGGAGACCAAAGUCCCUCACUGCGGUGUCAAGCCAAUAGCAUUGAGACGCAAAAGUGAAAGUAGCUCAGAGGGAAUACAAGUUGCAGAUGCUGCCAGAUUUCGAGUAACAGACAUGUGGUAUUGCAGAGUGCAGAGCUUGAAAGGGAAAUCAGAAACCAUGAAGCUGCUGCCAGACAAUGUCAAGGUGCUUUAUUUUGCCAGUGACUGCGUGGAGCCGUAUGUCGAGAUAAUCACAGUGAAGGACUCCAAGUGCCAGCUGAGUCUGUCUAGCUCGGAGGACUAUGAAGCAGAAGAGUCCGGGUACCAUGAGGAGGUGGAAGAUGCCCUCCCUAUCCUGAACGACCAGAGCCAGCUGCUGGAUGACCAACAUCUGGAGCGACUUGCUGCCCACAUGCCAGUGAAGACCCGGGGCUAUCCAUGGCAACUCGUCUACAGCACGGCGGUUCACGGGAGCAGCCUGAAGACUCUGUACAGGAACAUGGCCGGCCUCGACAGCCCAGUGCUGCUGGUCAUCAAAGACAUGCACAAAAAGGUGUUUGGGGCUUUUUCUUCUGAUCCAUUCAAAGUCAGUAAAUACUGCUACGGCACCGGAGAAACCUUCCUGUUCAGCUUCAGCCCCGACUUCCAGGCAUACAGGUGGAGCGGCGAGAACUCGUACUUUGUGAGCGGCCACCCGGAGUCUCUGCAGAUUGGCGGAGGAGGGGGCGGAUUUGGCCUGUGGCUGAACGCUGACCUGUACCACGGCUCAAGCUUCUCCUGUCCCACGUUUCACAACAAGUCUCUCUCCACACAAGAGGACUUCAAUGUACUAGACCUCGAAGUCUGGACUGUGCAGAACUAAAGGUGCGGAACAUGUGAACAGACGAGUUAAAGUGGAACUCACUAGUUAAAGGGGUGUCUGUGGUUUCAGCCACUACAAAAUCUCAUAUGGCAUCAUCUGUGCACCUGGUCCAGAUAUAUGCCCACAUGCAGAAGCAGAAUCCUGUUCGAGCGGUUCUUGAGCUGGGCUUUCUAUUCAUGCUGGUUUGAUCUGUGCCUGUCAAAUGAAAUCCUGCUGCUUUGAGCUACUGGCUGUUCAUCAGCAGCACUGUGCUGAGACCAGUUAGUAACUGGACUCUGACGCUUCGAGCCCUCCGAGCCAACCUUUUGUUGCGGAGAGCGUUAUAAUAUAAAGUUCACAGUAACACUGUUGAAUAAAAAGAUUGUAACUACUGUAAGCACAUUCAGGGUUUUAGGAAAAUAUUGUAUAUUUCUGUCUAACUAUUUAAGAUCUUUUUUUUUUUUGCUGUAUUUAUCUCUGUGUGCAUGAUAGGCGUGAAACAUACUUGGCACAACAAGAUCUGUAUGAAAUGUUAAGACCAAAAAAGGUUAAAUACUUAUUGAAUGGUUAAAACACUGUAACAUUAUAUAUAGGACCCGCGAUUACCUAUGUGGUCUCUAAUUGUACUUUUUUUCAAACAUGAGGUCUGGUUUUAAUGUUCUACAUUUGAAAACUACUGCUGCAAAUGAAGACCUUACCACUCAGGUUGAAAAGCAAAAGUGUCGAGUUGAACUAUGUGUGUGAACACUUGAGUGUGCGGUUUGUGGAGGAAGAGACCUCAACUGUCACUUCCAUUUUUAGAAAGUGCCUGCCAACUUUCACCAUCAAAAUGUAUGUUGACAGCAAAAGCGAAGCAAAAGUUCUUGUUUUUUGUUUCCAUUUUUGUUGGUUUGUGUGUAUAUUAUUGUCUGCCAGGCAGUGCUGGCACUGCCAAUGUUGUUUUGUGGAACCGCAAUAUAAAACAUUAUCUUUCCUGGUGAAAGACAACGUUUUCAUAGCAAUCGUAUUUUUUUAUGAAUAAACCAUUUUCCACUGAG